AUCCCUUAUCGCGCCAUUCGCAUAAACAUCACUGUGAACAUCCAUAUAUUAUAGUAUGUGUUUAGUGAAUCCUAAAAUAUGAAGGGUAGACAUCAAUUUCGCCGCAGAUUUAGUCUGCAACCAUCGUUUAUGAAAGAAGACCACGACGAAGAACGGAGGCCUCAUAGCCACAGAGGUGAAAGGACUGACAGCACUGUAUCAAGCAGUGGGAAUCUCGCCAACAAUGCGAAUGCAGUGCGACACAAAAUUGUCGUGCUAGGAGCAGCAAGAGUUGGGAAAUCAUCACUUAUUAGUCAAUUCCUGUACACAACGUUUUCAACCAAAUACAAGCGAACAAUUGAGGAGAUGCACCACGGAGACUUUAACGUGAACGGCGUGAGGCUCACGCUCGAUAUUCUGGAUACAUCGGGGGAGCACGAAUUCCCAGCAAUGCGGGCGCUAUCCAUGCAAUCGGCAGAUGCCUUCAUUCUCGUAUACGACAUCACGGAUGCGAACAGUUUCUCCGAAGUAAGAGCCCUGAGAGACCAGAUACACGAGAUUAAGGAAAGUACGGCCGUCCCCAUAGUCGUCGUCGGUAACAAGGUGGAUUUAGCGGAGACUGGCGCUAGACAGGUGGAGUUCCACACGACGGAAUCGGUGGUGACUGUUGACUGGGAGAAUGGGUUCGUAGAAGCAUCUGCUAAGGAGAAUAUCAAUGUUUCGCAAAUCUUCAAAGAGCUACUGGUACAGGCGAAGGUCAAGUACAAUCUCUCCCCCGCACUGCGUCGUCGGAGGCGACAGUCUCUACCGACAGGGCCUCAGGGGGCCCCAGGAACCCCGGGAACCACCACUCCAUCCCAUCAGGCCCACGUCCCAUCGCCCGCGCAGCUCGCGCACCUCCAACAAAUCAGAGAACGACACAGUAGCAAACGCAACUCUUGCGUCAUCUCUUAGAUUACUUUUCACUUGCAAGUUGUAACUCAAAAUCAAUUUAUACGUUAAUUGCAUAUUUCAUAUUCUACGUAAAUGGUAAGAAAUUAAAUGAUCUACUUCAUGUCAAAUUCAGCGGUAAGCAGGAUCCAAUUAGUCGUCCCAAGUUUCCCAGAAACUUAAUUACUUCGCGCUCGUAGUCGAACAAACUUAUCAAUAAGUAAGUACCUACCAUAAACACGUUUCACGAGAGAAUACAGAAUGGUGCGUCGUUGUACGCUUAACCUAAUUAGCAAUGUCAGAAAUGCAAGUCUUCCUUUCCUUUUGUUUCCUUUUUUUCAGAAAUUUUCAACUAUUCUAAAAAAACAUGUUAGUUCGCCGCCCUCAUGUUUGAACACGUUCAUAAAUUACUCAUGACCAAAUAAUUGCGACAGACGAUAAGAACAAUUUUAUAUUCGUCAUCCAGUAUGACGAAGUUGCUUAUCUUAUAAUCUUGUUUGGAAAAACAAAGUAAUUACAAAAAUGAUACAAAGAUUUUCAUAUUAUUCGUUAGGUUAUAUUAAAUGUAAUUAACAAAUAACUCUCGUUGUAAAAUAAAGGAGCUAUCAUGUUUACUUCUACAGCACUUUUAUGGACCCGGUGUAUCCAUUUCAGUCUUAAAAGUCAAAGGAGUAUUUAUUUCAAUGUUCCUCGAUGUAAAUGUUGAAUUUAAUAGCUCUUCAAUUCCGAAUACGCACAAAAAAUGAUUACAAAAUACAGGUGAAAAGGGUAAAUGAGAGGUGAAAGCGUCCAUUACCUGCCGUAAUAUACUAAAUCGGAUUUAAACUUGCCCACGUUUCGAUGUUCCGCACGCGUAGCUUGCGCUCGCUCGUUGCCUGCGCAGCUGUGGUGAAGCGACAACUUUCAGACAUAGUUCAAAGAAUUUCCCUGCUGAAAUAUGCAUCUUUUCCCCCUGAGCGCAUUUGUUAGCUUUCGUUAUUCGUAUUCAAAGUAAGUGCUUUAGUAAAAAGAACUACACGCUCACUAAUUAUUUUGUUUUAACCUCUGCAGAUUACCCGCUUUAAAUUCUCUUUGGGCCUGAUCAAAAGUAGUAAAAAAGGCGUGUAUCGAAAGACUGAUGCGAAUGGAGGAAAUGAAAGACAUACAAUGUCAGGAAUGUAGCGGGUGGAGGUCUGUAAUAUCUACCUACCUCAAUGGGAGAGAGAUGUGUUGUAUGUACUCCUCUUUUGGAACAAUAUCUCAAAAUUAAAUUUAAUAUUGUAUUUCUGCAACAAUAACAUCCGCCCUGUAUCGCGAAAGUAUUGUAACUUAAGAAUUAGAUUAAAUUUUUUCGCUAAAACUACUUAAUAGAGAAGCUAUGAUACAAAUUUCACAUUAUAACUUCUUACAUUCCUGAACAUAACGCCAAUGCGUGCAAGUAUAUAUUCAUAAACUUAAUGAUAAAUAUAAUAUACAUAUGUUUCGAAGUGAUGGUGUAAUAAAAACAGUGAUAAUAUAUGUGAGUAGAUUCUCUAGGGAAAGGCUCGGAUAGGGGAUAAGUGUAAUAACAUACUUUUAAUCAUAAGUUUUACAUGUAAUUAAUACUUGAGUUAUAUUUUACGCGAAAAGUUCAUCUCUCUGAUAUCUAAGCAAGUGUAAUUAGUUAAUUAAGAAGUUUAUCGCCCUGCUCUAAGAAAGCGUCCUAAAUUUGUACCUAUACAUGCUUUACUGCGUUUUUAUUUAGCAGACAAAAUAGUCAUUCACAUGUUAGCAGACCAAGUUGACAUGACCCUCUUUGAUUUGAUCGCCUCACAAAUACAUAUAUAUUUCAGAGAAGUCCAAAGAAAACCAAAGAAGUACCAAAGAAGUAUUAUUAAAAAAACCGUAACUAUAAAUACCAUUAACUCACUAAACUUUCGAGAUUCUCUUCACACUUUUAACUUUCGACUUGUAUCUUCUCCAAUUAAUAUGAAGGAAGUUAAUUUAAUUAAUAAUAAAUACAU